GCUAGCAAUAAGCGUGAUUAUGAGGAACAAAUGACUUUGUGGCUUCAAUGCCAGGAAGCGGUGUUUUUACGCGGUUCCUAUCUCGAAUGGCUGUCGGAUCAGUCGGUGAGCAUGGCCAAUCGCACAGACCACAAGUGCAGCGAUGAUUCAGGCUCGGAUUCAGAGAUAGAAGACUUGCAAUCUGGGUCAUGCACUCACAGCGCUACUCCCGCCAAAGCAAGUCUAAUGCCUCCCAUCGCUGGACAACACAUUGUCCACAUUCUUGCCAAAACUCCUGCACACCCUCGGCAGUCCGUUCACCAGCUUGCCACUGCGCAUGGCGCAGUCACAUUUCUUCCUGCCCUCAAAAUUUUCCUAGACAAGCAUAUGCUGCACAAUACCAUCAUUCCCGGUCCACAAGACCGUUUCGACGUUUAUCGACAAGUUAUAAUUGCUGCCCCGCCAGAUCUGCGUGUAAGUGAUUCACCACAACGGUGGCGCAUUAGAGCGACACCCGAAGUAUCUCCUGGUCCUCGCCGGAAGCCUGGGUCCCCUGCCAAGUUUGAUAUGGUCUUGGUGAGCGAUAGUGUUCAGACCUCGAAUCUGCAGGUGUUAGAUGGUGUACGAGUUGCACAAGUCCGUGUGAUAUUCACUCUGCCUCGUCAGUUUGGGGCAUACUCCCGAGCUUUGGCUUAUGUCGAGUGGUUCACUCCGCUUAGGAUACCAGAUGCCUCCUCUGGCCUGCACCAGGUGUCACGUUCAACUCGUCGACUGCACCGGAAUGCAGCGGUGAUACAUGUCGACGAAAUCGCUCGUCCAUGUCAUCUCAUUCCGAAGAUGGGACAAUUUGUUGACCGCGGAUGGACCAGUACAAAUGUCUACGAGUUGGUAAAUGAUUUCUACUUAAAUACCUUUAUCGACCUUGAUACGUUCUGCAUGUCCGCUAUCAAUUAA